CUGGGCAUCAUUGCGCGUCAAAACAUUGCGUCUCUGCAGGACUUGUCAGGGCCGGAGAGAGAAGAGGAAAUUUGCCUUGGAAGGAAUGCGAAAGGGGGUUUAGGAUUGGCAGUGCCACGAGAAAAAACGAGGAGGUGCGACAUCUUCUAAGCUACGUGGAGAUCCGUGUUUUCUUCCCUUCAAAGGUGUUCGCCUCCCAACCCGACGCCCACCACGGCCCUCACCUGUGUGUUGCGGUGCUUCCCUUGUGAGCCGACCUGGGCUGGCAGUCCCUUCUUGCACCGCCCGCCAACUCCGCCCAUGGUCAGAAUGACGCGCUCCAAGACCUUCCAGGCGUACCUGCCCAGCUGCCACCGGACCUACAGCUGCAUCCACUGCCGAGCUCACCUGGCCAACCACGACGAGCUCAUCUCCAAGUCGUUUCAAGGCAGCCAAGGCAGGGCCUACCUGUUCAACUCAGUGGUGAACGUUGGGUGUGGCCCUGCAGAGGAGAGGGUCCUACUCACAGGCCUGCAUGCUGUAGCAGAUAUCUACUGUGAGAACUGCAAGACCACCCUAGGCUGGAAAUACGAACAUGCCUUUGAGAGCAGUCAGAAGUACAAAGAGGGCAAGUUCAUCAUUGAGCUGGCCCACAUGAUCAAGGACAACGGCUGGGACUGAGGGAUGAGCAGCCGGGACACAAAUGCAGCCGAGGAAAGGGGGGGUGGGUUGACGGGAUGGAUGGGAGGGAGGGAGGGAAGGGGGUUGUGUGUGAUGGGUGAGUGUGUGACUUUGGUUUGGCUGAUUUACCAUUAACCUCUGUAACUCUGCCCAUCCCUCCCUACCACGCCUCUUGAUGUACACACACAGAAACACACACAUACACAUCAAGGUCCCAGACAUCCCAGCUUGACAGAGAGACAGACUAGGCGGGCUUGUACGCAGCUAGCAGGACUAGGCGAUUGGCCAGCAAGAUGUCAUGUUUUCCCGUUGUUGUUUUUAAUGAAACACAAGUCGAUAGCUUUUAAAAAAGGUGGCAACACUCCCUCUAUACCUCUUCAUUGCUUGAAGUAUUCCACCUUGCCUAACAUUUAUGUUAAAACAAGUCUCCUGACAACAGGUUGCUCAGUGUAUAUUUUAGCCAAAAAGAGUCUGGCCUGGCGGGGUUCAUUGGCCCUGUUUGACCAGCUGACGGGCAUUCACUCCGUCCCCAGCUUAAAUCAGAUGACCUGAGAUGAUUAUAGCAAAUCUGGCUGUACGGGGCCGUGCCAGCUGGGCCAGUGAUGAGGCCUGGCGCUGAGGCUUGGCAUGGAGGCCCAAGCACAUGGGGGGCGGGUCGGGUGCAGGGAUUGCUGCCCACCAGGCCGAUCUCUAGCUUGUGGCUGGGAUUCACUCCAUGUAAUGCCAGUGAUGCAGCUCAGGACGGCCCGAGUGAAAGAGAUACAGACAGACAGCCACCGGCUUGUCCUAAUACCUCACAGGAAUUUGCCCUCUCAGCAGCAAAGCGGUUCCCCUGGGUUUGAUUCAUCCUUUAAUACAACGAGUCGUGUAAAGUGAUCUGCUGAUCCUUCCCGUGUAUGUCUGGUGUUCCCAGAUGCAUCGAUGCAUCCACCUUUGUUACUUGGCUAGAUAGAAUAACACAACAUAAGCGUGUCUCAGGUGAACAACUUUGGCCGGGAUUUCCAAAGGUUUGCGAGAACUGAGAGAAUAUUUUUGCUUUCAGAGGAUAAAUUGAGUUAAGGUGAUUGCUGGUGACUCAAUGCCUGCUUUAAUGGAAAUAACAGUGUGAUUUCAGAUAACUGAAACAAAUGGCCAAUGCAUGACUGGUUUCAUGGGCCAAGGGAAAUUGCAAAAGAAAUUACCACAUAAAGAUUAAUGUUACUGAAGUUACGAGGUAUAUACGUGACCACAGAGGAGUGUACUGUAGAUGCAUAUGUAUAAAAAGGUUUCACUCUUAGGCUCUCUUUCAGUCUGGGAUGACUGCUGUUUAACUGCUGUUACACUGAUCUUCACUAACUGGCCCUAACUAAACAAAAAUAACGAACCAACUGGGCAACAUUGUGAAGCAAUGCAUAUGAUGGACUAUUCUAUUAUUCCUAAAUGCACCAGCUUCUUAGCUUCUAUCCCAGUUUUAGAUUUGUUUGGUUUCAAUAUUCCUCAUGCAUCAUGGGCCUCUGAGUUAUAACCCCUGGGUAAUAUUUGAAGUAACAUUAAUGGGAAGCAUUGCUCAGGUACCUUUGUGCUAACUUUUUUUAUUGCAGGGCAAGGAUCCAACUUAAUGUGCUGGGUGUGUAAUUGUCUCAAAUGGGAAUGUGUUAUUUUCAAAUGAGAGAAUCCAUCUUGUGGAAAUGCAACGUUAAUGCAUGCUUGAAGUAAUACAAGUGAUCUGACCAGUUGUGUGCUCGGUCCUCGUCACAUUUUUGUGAAAAGAACAUUUUGUGUUGCAAUGAAACAUCUUAUCUGUUUUUCCACAGUCCAUUGAAGCUACCAGGUCCUUCUUUGACAGAUUAAAUGUGACCCUGGUUUAGAAAAGUAAAAUGAGUUGCCCUGUCGUCACAUAAUUUCCCGCUGUUGCAAACAUUGCUCUAGAAGUUGCCCUGUAUAUGGACUCUAACCAGUUACAACCAAACCUAAAACAGAUACGUUUAACUCAGCAGUCGGAGGCUGCGACAUUAAACCCAGCACAACCAAAGAAUCCACCCUUCAACAAUAAAUUAACCAAACAAAAGAUCCCAUUUUGCUUUGUCAAAGUUUUGCAAAACAAGGGGGUGUGUACAGCUGAAAGCCAAGGUUGUGGAUAGCCUUUCUCUGUGAUAUAUAUAUAUAAUGCAUUAUGAUUUUGUAAACAAAAGAUCCUAAUAUAUGAAUAUAUUCUAUUUAGUGUAUUCACCACGAGGAUUACCAUUCAUGUCGACCUCCGUGUUACAGACUGUAAAUAGUGUUAAUGUAUUGUGUUUUAUCUAUGAUCCAUACGAUGAUGAAUGAAUAUGAUUUAGGUCAUGUCAUGCUUUCUCUCUGGUACCCCACAUUGGCUGUACGAUACUACUUUUUUACUGAAAAUGUUUCAAUUUUAAUGUAUUUUGUAAAGGAGGAUGCUGAUGUUGACUAUAUAUCAUUGGAUCUUCAUCUAAUAAAAUGCACCUUGAUAUCUG